AUGGCGCGCUGGUUGACGCUCGAGGACGCGAAGGCGUCCUUCAACCUCUUUUGCUGCGUCUAUGGCAUCGGCACGUUGGGCAUGCCCGGCAACUUUGCCCGCGCCGGGCCGACCUGCGGCGCGCUCGCGCUCGCCUUUAUGGGCGUCGCCAACGUCUACGCCUCGGUCGUCUGCAGCAAGGUCAUGCUCCGUGCGCCAGGCUCCGUGCAAACGUUUGCCGACCUCGGCGGCUGGGCGCUGGGCCGCCACGGGCGACUCGCCGUCAUUGCCUCGCAGCUCGGUGUCUGCCUCUUUGUGCCCUGCGCCUUUCUCGUCCUCGGCGGCUCGCUCCUCGACACCGUGAUCCCGGACGCGUUCUCGCCGCGGCACUGGACGAUCCUCAUGGCCAUGACGAUCCUCCCGAUCUGCCUCGUGCCGACGCUCAAGGAAGGCGCGGCGGCCGCGCUCGCGGGCUGCAUUGGCACGAUCGUCGCCGAUUUUUUAGCCCUCGGCGUCCUC